AAGCGAAAAGAAAAGAAUUCACAAUUUGAGUAGACUGCAAAAGUGGAACAAACUUCAAGCUUUUACGGAGUGUAGAAAAAGAUUUUUGGGGGAAUUUUCAACAAAGGGAUUUUACAAAAAACUCUAAGGAAACCACUAAACAAGUGUGUGGGAUUAUCUGUGCCACAAACAAAUAAAUAAAAACAUAGCAGCCCAGUUGUAGCCAUACAAGCACACACUACUUAUCUAUUUCCAGAGUUUUUCAUUUGACCAAAAAGAAAUCCCCCCGAAAAAGCAAAAAAUGGAGGUUGAACCCCCUAAAUUGGAAAUGUUGAGAUCGGUCAAGGGUAAGGAUAUGUUACUGGUGAAUGGCUUUCUCUACCACUAUGAUGACCGUAAUAGUAAAGCUUAUCGCUGGGUAUGUUCCCGCCGCAAAGAUAAACCUCCAUGCCGUGUUCGACUCUAUACCACUUUAAUUGAUGAGUGGGAUUUAACGCGCCAUAAACUGGAAAAUGUUGUGGGCGAUCAUCCGCAUGGUCCAGCCGAUGAAGAUGCUAUUAUACGGGGUCGUGAUAAAAAGCGACAGGCAGAUGCCGAAGGCCUGCCCUGCACACUGGGCAACAAGUCGUUGAAGAGAAAAUAUAAACAAAAGGAACGCAAAGGAGAUUCAUCGUCUGGCGCCAAACAACCCAAGACAACAGAUGAUGAAGACGAUGACAACUCCAGCAUGGACUUGGACAAUAGUUGGGAACCUUUGACAUCGGUCGUUAAGACCACCAGCAAACAAAUCGCCGAUAAGAAGGUCUUAAUGUUAAAAACUACGAAGGGUUAUCACAUGAUAGCUGUGGAAGGUUGUGUUUACCGUUUGGAUGGUAAAUCUAUGAUAAGUUGCACUUAUCGUUGGAAGUGCUUCCGCUCCAAAGAUUUGCAAUGCACAGGUCGCAUAUACACCGAAUGUUUGGCGAGUGGUCUGCAUCGUUACAAACCUUUUCGUGUGGAGGAGAACAAACACAAUCACCAGCCCUAUACUGAGGCAAAGAUUGACGCACUGAUACGAAGAAACAAUAUAAAAAUAUUGCAAGGCAAAGAGGAGCAAUCAGCUAGUAAAGUUUUUAAAACUUUAGGCGAGAAUGACUCAUCUCCGGACAAAAAACCAAAAACCCCUUCAGUUCCUCUGUCAGUGAGCCAAGGAGGAGGCAGUGUGCUUUCUAUAUCCACAAACAUUAAUCUGCCCACCAAGCCGAGUGUACGGAAGGAACGUGCAAAGGCCACAGCGGCCCUAUAUCGCUAUGUGGCCGACCCCAUGGAUGCCUUGAAUGAGCCCCGCGAUGGGGAAAUCACCAAAUUCUCCUUUCUACCUUCACUCAAAGGUAAUCGUAUCUUGAUAUUGGACAAUAUGAUUUUUCAUUAUGAUUCCAGAGGCACUUUGAAUGAGCGAGCCUACUGGACCUGCUUGUAUCGCCGUGACAAGAAAGUUAAGUGUAAUUGCCGUUUGACCACCGAAUUUACGGGAGAGAACAUGCAAAUUGUCAAAGUGUCGGGAGGACAUACUCAUAACUCGGACCAUAGGCAGCAUAUAGACAAGCGCUUGAAAUUGAAUAUUGCCAUUAAGGAUGAGAAGGAUAAGCCUCAGAAAAUAGAAGAGAUUUCAUUUGAUAACGACAACAACUUCUACGAUUCGGAAGAUAACACCGCCAGGGACGAUGAUGAUUAUUAUGGCGAAAAUGUGGAUUUAAAGCAGGAGGAAACCGCAGCGGAAAUUUCCGAAUUUCUGCAAUUGAAAAAGGAAAAAAUCGAAUCGCAUGACAUUUCCGAGACUGCAAUUUAUGACAAUGAUCCCUCGAAUCUUAUAGAGUAUGCAGAAGAAAUAGAUCCAUUCCAUGGCACAAUUGAAUAUGUAGAAAUGGAAAGAGUCAAUAGUUCCAAGUACCACAGUGACUCGGAUAAUUCGGAGCAUAAUUCCAGUUCAGCUACUCCAAAAAUUGCCACGCGCUCAAGACGUGGCAGAAAACGAAAAUUCGAUUAUGACCAAGAUGAAGAAGAAGAGGAGGAGGAUGAGGAAUACGCACCCACCAAAGGACGAAAAGGCAGCCAAGCUUACAUAAGAAAAAUGUCCAAAAACAUGCCAAAUGUAUCAUCGAAUCCCGACAAUAUUGACAUAACAAAGACAUCAAAACUGAGAUCGGCCAAGGGAGGCGAACUGUUAUGUGUUGAUGGUUACAUUUAUCAUUUGAAAAGUAUUUCCCCCACCACACGCACUUAUUGGGCAUGCAUUAAGUCAAAAGAUCGCAUUUUAAAAUGCCCCGCUAGGGUAACCACCAUCACCACGGAGGACAAUAAAUUAAAAGUGGUCCAUUUGAGUAACUCCCAUACGCAUGCCAUCUCUGAGGAUGAUAUAAAAAAACGUCUAUUCAAUGAAUUUGCCAAAACUGCAGCAUCAAGUUCAGCCCUCAAGUCCAAGGAUAUUAUGGAUAAGUCACUAAGUGAAUUGAAUCCAGAAUUUGCUGAAAUGUUAAUGGGAAAAAGUGGCGAUAUUGGGAGCUAUGAUAAAUGCAAACUCAAUAUGAAACUAUAUGCUGUAUCGGAUGGCCCACCUUCCUUGGCGGUGCGCAUGUGUUUGAAGGCCCUCAACUUGCCCUAUGAAUUGCAUAGUGUGGAUUAUAUUGCUUCGGAACAUUUAUCCGAUGAAUAUGCCAAAAUGAAUCCUCAAAAGGAAAUUCCCGUCUUGGAUGAUGAUGGUUUCUUUUUGUCUGAAAGUAUUGCCAUUAUGCAAUAUCUAUGCGAUAAAUAUGGUGCAGACAGUCCCCUCUAUCCCAACGAGCCUAAGGAAAGAGCUUUGGUAAACCAUCGUCUGUGUUUCAACAUGAAAGGACACAACAGUAACAUUUUAUAUGGACAAGUGGCCAAAACGACUGAAGCUCUGCGCCCUGCCCUAUUCGGCCAGGCAAAGAUGAUUUGUGGCUUAUUUAUCCAAACCUACGUGACUCAGACCAGCUCUCUCUUGACGCGUCAAGAACAACAACUUAAUCCAAUGAGUCCUUCAUCGGUAAAGACUACCGCCUCCUUGUACAAUACACUGCUUCAACAACAACAACAAGAGGGACCUUUAUACGAUAUGAGCAUGGCGGCGAAUUUGAUACAAAAUAUGAAGGAACAACAAACACUAACAACAACAAAGACAACAACGACGACGACGACGACAACACCAACCAACACUAUAACUUGA